AUGAGCAUCCGGGCCUUGAGAACUGACGGACCCUUCAUCUUCUACCUGGGGAAGCCGAGGACCCACGGGAGCAGAGCCGGCUUUGCUGCAGCUGUGGACAAGAAGGAAACAUGCGCUGUCCCUGUUCUCCAUGGCUGGGCGCAGCCAGAGUCUCCCAAGGCCUUCUUCCCGCGUGGGCAGACACCAGGACCCUCAGUGACCACUGACCCACCGCGCGGACCCUGCUGCCCGAGUGACAUCGUCACAGAGGGGUCAGGUGCCACACUGAGGCCUCGUGCCCACAUUCCAGGGAACAGCCGGCCCCGGGGCUCUUGGGACACCGUUGGUUGGACGUUGCCGUGGGGGCCACUUAGCUCAGGAAAGGGCAGUGCCAUGUGUCUCUGCUGUGGUUGGCCCACCAGGAAUUCAAGGAUAACCACCCGCCCUGAGAUCCAUGAGGAUGAGCGGAAGGAGAGAGGCCUGCGGGUUGGAGGAGGGACAGCUCCCAGUGCUGCCCCAAGUCCCAGGACGGAGGUGACGCCCGCAGGUGUGUGCAGAAAUGAGGCAGACCCCAGACAGCAGCCCCCAGACCCUGAAAUCCAGCCGCCGAGAGGACCGGUCUGCUGUGAUCAAAACCUGACUGCACCGCGGCUUCACGACAGAGCCUGUGUCUCAGCGUUCGUCUCCCGGAGGGAUGGGCCAGGCCGGACAGCAGCAGCGUCCGUGCGGCCAUUGGGCUCGUGCAUCAUGGUCCUCUGCGUGGUCACGGUGGAGCCACCAGAGCAGGGGAGGAGCGUGGAGGCAGGAGCCAACCCCAGUUCCGACCUGAGCUGGAGGCCUGGGCUGACCCGGCCACACUGCCGCAGGGACAGGGAGGGCUGUGGCGCUGUGGGGAGGAAGGGUGUGUUCAUGUUACGGGGUGGCCCAGGGCCUGGCCUGCCCACUGCCUCCUCCCCUGCCUGCUGAGGCUCAGGCCUCGCCUCCUUCCCCUUCUCCAGCCGAGCAGGGACACCAAGGCUGCCAAGGCCUCUGUCCUCCACCCCUGGCUUCCCUCGGGGCCCACACUGUCCACGUCCAUUCUCCCCCGGCCGCUCUGCUCACACCCUCGCGUCCCUCCCUGGCCACGGCAUUGGGUCCUCCUCUUCCGUCUUCCUUCUCAGGUCCCAGCCCGAAUCUGCUGCCUUCUGGGACAGUAGCAGCCCUGACCCUGUGUCACCCUGGCUCUGCGACCCCAGCGCUGACUUCCCUGUAUGGCCUCAGCUCCCCACAUGAAGUUCCUGCCUGGGUGACACAGGCACACUCACCUCCCUGCCCCUUCCAGUCCCUCAGUGCAGGUGUCCUGUUUGUCCCCUCCGCAGCUCCUGCCUGAUGCAGCUGCCUUUACCUCUACCUGCAGGGGCUGCGCAGGGCCUGAGGACACUGUGAGGAUACUGUGGGCCCCAGGAGGGAAUGGCCUCAGUGCACCUGCUGUGGCCUCCGUUAUUCCCCUCAGCCCGGUGGCACUGUGAGAUGUAACCAGGCCGGGGAGGGGUAUGAUUCACAGGACUCUUCUCAGCUGCAGGAACCCAUCCUUUGGGCACCAUCCAGCAAGGGAGAGACUGGGCCUCUUUCCGGGGGCUGCGGACCCCAGGGUGGCUUCUGGUUUCCGUUCCAGAGCUUCCAGUCAGUGGCUCCAGAAAGCUGCUUGCUCAACCCAGAAGCUCUGACAGCCCCUGGUCACUGUCCCCAGCUGUGUGUGUCUCUCUGUGUCUCUGCCUGCACCCUGCACCCCUCCCCACCAGGGAUGAGUCUGGGAAGGCCACAGCCCUUGGAAGAGAGGGAAGUGACUGUCUGCAGAGUCCCACAGCGGCCUCUGGGCGGAAGCAGUCCCCCUUGGGAGAUGGCAUGUUCACUCAGGCGUUAAUGAAGCGCGCCUUGGGCCUCCUGACGCUGCUUCCAGUGGCCUGACCUGCUGCCUGUGGAAGGGCUGGCUGCUUCCUGGGGCAGCCCCUGAAUGCCGGCAGCCCAGGAGAUGGGGCCUUCUGGACAGAGUGCAGCCCAGGGCACAGCAGGCAGUGUGAAAGGGCGGAUUACCCCUCCCAGGAAGAGAAGGCACGAAGCCCAGGUAGCCAGCUGCGGCAGAGAGCCUGCCCCCAUACAGACAGGAAGGAAGGACA